UUUACCGGAAGUAGCUCAAUAUCAACAUACGUGCAGACGGUUCAGUGUCAGUGGGCGAAACCCGACUUUCCGAUCGUGUUUUGUCUGGUGUGUUUGUGUUUACAUAUUGUCCUUUGCGUUGCAUGAUUGCAGACAUGUCGUCGCUCAUGAAUAAGCUGUUCGGGGUAGGAGGAAAAGCAGGGAAGGGGCCGAGUCCACAGGAUGCUAUACAAAAACUCCGAGAGACGGAGGACAUGCUCACUAAAAAGCAGGAAUAUUUGGAGCAAAAGAUAGAACAGGAAUUGCAAGUCGCCAAAAAGAACGGCACGAAAAAUAAAAGAGCGGCUCUGCAGGCUUUGAAAAGAAAGAAGCGGUAUGAGAAGCAGCUGUCCCAAAUCGAUAGUACGCUAUCAACCAUCGAGUACCAGCGGAUGUCUCUGGAGAAUGCUAACACCAACACUGAAGUAUUUAAGAACAUGGACUUUGCUGCCAAGGCUUUGAAGGCUGCCCAUGAGAACAUGGAUAUCGAACAGGUGGAUGACCUGAUACAGGACAUCACAGAGCAACAUGAACUCGCUCAAGAGAUCUCUGAAACCAUCUCCAAACCCAUUUUUGGAGAAGAGUUUGAUGAUGACGACUUGUUAGCUGAGCUGGACGAGUUAGAACAAGAAGAGAUGGAAAAGAACCUGCUGGACAUUGGACCAGAGAACGUUCAACUGCCCAAUGUGCCUUCCACAUCACUCCCUUCCAGACCUGCCAAGAAAGACGAGGAUGAGGAUGGCAUGGAGGACCUGCAGCGCUGGGCAACAGAAGCCAUGUGAACUCACCAUCCAGCACCAAGUCGAACACUCAUCUGUGAAGGGAAAGGAUGACCAUGAAGGGAUAAAAAGGACUCGUGGCAUUGUUGUGAAUGAUUGUUGUGGUGUGUUUGCAGAGUCCUGAAUGCCAGUGAACACCGCGAAAACAAGCCCAACUUUCCCUCCAUAGCCCCUCGCAAGGGCGUCACAGCAGUCACUACACACACAGUAUGUCGGAUUGUCUGUUCAAACAUGCCAGCACUCAACCAGCACUCCUACUGGUUCAAAGCUGCUUUCACAAGCUACAUUUCAUUUUUAUUGUUAUGUUAUUGUUUUUACCUAUCUAUUUCAUAUAGUGGAGUUUCGGUUCACAUAUGUAUAUAUACAUAUAUGUAAUAUUUUGACCGUAUUUAGCACAUCCUGGGUCAGCUGUCCAACCCAGAUUUUAUCUAACAGUUGCAUAUUAUGCCUUUCAGUGUUUUUGUGACCGACAACAGUGUUAUGAAGUUUCAAUGUAAUUUUAAACACACACAGCAUAUUAACCUCCUUUAACCAUUUAAGAUGGAUCCUGUGUCCCAUUCUAUUGUUUAUAAGCUAAACAUUUUGUAUUUUUUGUUUUCAAUAGGACUGAGAAAGGAUCGACUAAUUUUGCACUGAGAGUUACAACAGUGUUUGUACUGUAGUGUGCUAUCUAAAUGAGUACCAUGGUGUGAUGAUGAGAUCAUGUCGAAGCAGCUUCGUCCUGAAUUAUUUCAUGUAUUUCUGACUUGUUGUGUUCAGUGGAUGUUUAUGACCCCCAAUGUGCAAUUUAGCCCAUGUUUUGUUUCAUUUUAUUUUAUUUUAGACUGAGAGUCUCACUCAUGUGUUUGGAUCUGUUCCUCGAUGUGUCCCAUUUUUUUUAUAUUAUGAACUUAUUUGAUCUUUGAAAGGUUCAAGUUGCGUGUAGCAUGCAACAGUGCUGACCCCUGUGCACUGGAAGUGAAAGAACACAUGUCACUCCAUGCUGUCCAUCAUUCUCAUCAUGGUUUAGUUUUGUACUGUAAAAUAAAAAAAAAAUAUGAACAACAUUGACACAUUGUCACAACCUGUAGAACAAGAUAUGGUUAGAAUAGAUGAAAUUCACUCGACAUUUUCAAUGUUAUCUGCACAAACCGUGAAUGGAUUGAGGCAUGGGUGCAUUUGAAUGAUUUAUUUAUUCCUGUUUGCUAAAUCAUUAAAUGUU